UGACUGCACUCUAUGCUGGAACAGAGAUCGGAGCCGACGAGUCGGAACCGCCCUCGACGACAUAGCAUUCGUAUAAUAAUUGCCCGCCAUACCGCAUCGCACCGGGAAUAAGGACAAUUAAAGAUUGGAGUCUACUACGAGAACUUCGAUUCAUCUUGUCCUGUUCAUUGCGUCUUCACUUAUACUCAUUACUGUCGACCUCUAGCUUCUGUGGAUAAUGCUACAGCUACGGGGACCCCUCACGGCGCGAUGCGUGAAGUCCGCCUUGGAGGUCGGAAUUGUUAAUCUAACUCGUCCAUCAUGCUUUCCCAGACAGUCUGUCGGCAUUGGAGGAAUGGUACUGGCAGAGCGGAGGCCCUUCUCGUCAACCGCUCGUUCCAAACAGCGAGAAGUAUUCCCCGAAUACGGGGAGACAAAACGUAUUCGAUCGACAAAGCCUGCGUGGCCGCAUCCUGUGUUCACUGAGGAACAACUUCGAUCUCCUGUCGUCGGCCCCGCUCAUAGACCUCCACGGAAUUUCUCGGACAGAUGGGCAUUGGGCCUCAUAAAAUUUGCGCGAUGGUGUAUGGAUAGGGCUACGGGGUUCAAGGUAUUGCCAAACCCCACGGAUCCUAAUACUCCAAUGACAAACAUGGAUGAGCGCGGAUGGCUGAUGCGGUUUAUCUUCUUGGAGUCGAUUGCUGGCGUCCCCGGUAUGGUUGCUGGAAUGCUGCGACACUUGCAUUCCCUUCGUCAUUUGAAGCGAGAUAAUGGCUGGAUCGAGACGCUCCUAGAAGAGAGCUAUAACGAACGAAUGCACCUACUUACGUUCAUGAGAAUGGCCCAGCCCGGCUGGUUCAUGAAGAUAAUGAUCAUCGGUGCUCAAGGUGUCUUCUUCAACUCUUUGGUUAUCUCGUACCUCAUUUCUCCCAAGACAUGCCAUCGCUUCGUGGGUUACCUUGAAGAGGAGGCAGUGAAGACAUACACGGUGGCACUCCAUGAUAUCGAAGUUGGUGCACUUACGCACUGGAGUAACCCCGAAUUCAGGGCGCCAGAUAUUGCUAUUCAGUACUGGAAAAUGCCAGAGGGGCACCAAACCAUGAAGGAUCUCAUCCUCUACGUGCGUGCGGACGAGGCCAAGCAUCGCGAGGUUAACCACACGUUUGGAAACCUGAAGCAAAGGGCCGAUCCUAACCCAUUCGUCAGCGAGUAUAAGGAUGAGAAGCGGCCACACCCAAGCAAAGGUCUUGAGGCUACGAAGCCGACUGGAUGGGAGAGAGAUGAAGUGAUCUGAAGGAAACCCAACAGCGGAGCAAAAAUGAUAUAUGAUGAAGCUUAGGAUACACUGCAUGGGACUGGUCUUCCUUGUGGUCUCACUUUUGGUCGU